GCAGCAGGAGGAAACUGACUGUUCUUUGCUACUUUCUAUCUUCCCUUACUCAACAGCAGUUAAACCCAAAGAUGUGAAGUCACUCUUACCUCUGAUGAUAAUAAUGGUGAUAAUUUUCUUGGUGCUUCUGUUCUGGGAAAAUGAGGUGAACGAUGAAGUAGUGACGUCAACCUUAGAACACUUGCAUGUGGACUACCCUCAGAAUGAUGUUCCCGUUCCUGCAAGGUACUGCAACCACAUGAUCAUACAAAGAGUCAUCAGGGAACCUGACCACACUUGUAAAAAGGAGCACGUCUUCAUCCAUGAGAGGCCUCGAAAAAUCAAUGGUAUUUGCACUUCUCCCAACAAGGUAGCUUGCCAAAACCUUUCGGCCAUUUUCUGCUUUCAGAGUGAGACAAAGUUCAAAAUGACAGUCUGUCAGCUCACUGAGGGCACAAGAUACCCUGCCUGCAGGUACCACUAUUUCACCACAGAGGGGUUUGUUCUUGUCACUUGUGAUGACUUGAGGCCAGAUACUUUCCUGGGCUAUGUUAAAUAACUCAAGAUCAGCUCCCGAGUCUGAGAUCUCUUCUCUCAAUGGCAUUGGAGCUGGCUGUGCCUGAGGCAGACCUGAACCAUGGACAUGGGGCAAUGCCUUGAGUGGAAGGGGAAGCCACUGGUAAUUAAUUUAUCCUUCCUGUAUUGCUUAGUUGGGAUUGUUUUAUUCUGCUUCAAUAAAAGAAUCUUUAUUGAAUUAAACCAUAAAUUCUACAUGUGUUUCAAUUUUUUGUCCCUUAUCUCUGGGUCGUUUGAUGAGAGACAAGACUGAGGUUAAGAUAAAGUGAAUGAGCCACUCACUUCAGAUGCAAAAUUUAAGAGGGCACCAAAAGACCAAAAACCUAGUAACCUAGAUGAAUAUAUUUGAUUUCAGUUAUUUCUUUCUUCUUUUUCCUU